AUGACGUCCUCGGAUGAGAGGACAAGGCAGCUAAAUGGCACCUGUGCCGGCUCGGUGGACAUGGAACUCUUCCUCCAUUACUCCCUCAUCCCGUCACUUUGCAUCAUUUUGGUCUUGUCCUUUCUCCAAAGAUGGGAGCACUGUAGACAGAGAGACGACACUUCUCUCCUCCUGGAGAACCGCCUUGGAAUUGUCAUACCUCUGGACUUCCUGGGCACUUUUAGUAACCGAUGGUCCUAUGGAAUCGCCUUCGGGGCCACAGCCAAUAAGGUCAUGUUCUUGUUCUCAGAAGGCUACCAGCCCCUGCAGGUCCCGCAGUGGGCCCAAGCCUUUGUGCUUCUGGUUGGAGGCAUUGAAGUCGGCCUGUCUCACUUCCCCUUCUUUGCCUGCCUCUCAUCGGAGUUCCAGCUCAUCAGCUCCAUCCUGGGCUUCAGCUACUCUCUGAUCUGGUUUGCCGUCACCAUUCUUCACAUCACACAGUGUCCCCAUGGGCCGUUUUUGGGGAGAUACGAGACCGUCAUGUUCUACUGGCCCUCACUGCUGUGCCUGUCCUUCCUGCUGGGCCGAUUCCUACACAUGUUUGUCAAGUCUCUGAGGGUGCACCUGGGCUGGGAGCUCCAGAUGGAAGAAAAGCCUUUCCUGGAAGUGCACCAGGCAGAGCAUGUCAAACAGCUCCUGAGGAAGCCCCCGCUGCAAGAGAAAAAAAAGUCUUGGUUCCAAACCAGGAUAUACGAGUGGGACCCUUGCUUUCAGUUCCCAAGCAGAAUGAUCGGAACCACUACAUUGGCUUUCAUCUGCCUGUACCUUUUCAUUGACAUUGAGUUCUGCGUGUUCAUGUAUGUGAGAGAAGAGCUGGAUGUGUUCAAAGGCGAGUUGGAGAGCUACAUUGCCUCCGUGAACAAGACCGGGCCCCUGACCCCAGUCAUCCUGCGGGUGAAAGAGCUGAUAAAUGUCUCCAAAGGAGUCUGGGUGGCUACCAUCUUGCCUGCCUCCCUCACGUGUGUGAGUUAUCUAUUCCACGUGUUGGCUUGUUACAGAAAGCACAUCAAGAGGUUGUGGGCAGGAAAUAGACACUUCCUCCCUCUGAAGUUCCAGAACCCUUCCUCGUCAGGGAGUGUGGUGGCCAUUGCGAGGUACUCUGGCUGGCAAAUAGCCUACAUUUUGUGGGGCUACCUCAUCAUCCAUGUGGUGCAGAGCCUAUUUGGCAUGGCGAUCAUGUACAGUCUGGUGUUGCCCGUCAUCCACAACCAGAGCCUGGGGGUGCUCCAAGGACUGGGCAUCGGGAUGGCUGGAGAAGAGUGGACAAGGCCUCCUCAGGAUGGUCUCACCCUGUGUUUCAGCCUCACCAUAUCCAUCGUCCUGGGUCUCAUGAUCCUGCAGGUAUGGAUUGCCGCUAGCUUCUUCCUCCAACCAAAGAUGGGCCCAGCUGACCAGCAGAAGCCCUUGGCACUCAACAACAGGAAAGCCUUCCACAACUUCAGCUACUUCCUGUUCUUCUACAAUGUGCUGCUGGGCCUGGGCGCCUGCCUCUCCAGGCUGCUCAUCAGCUGCACCCUGGGCACGUGGCUGGUUGCCCGCAUUGACAGGACCAUCAUGCAGAAUGGCUACGAGGGAGCAGACAUGGGGUUCCGUGCAUGGGUUGGCAUGCUCUUUGUGGACCAUUAUCACACCAACCCCGUGCUCGUCAGCUUUUGUCACAUCCUGAUGAUAGGCCACAGGGAGAGGAAGCUACCGCAGGCCAUCAAGCACGGGUACCUAAAUCAGUCAGCAGGUCCCCGCACCUCAGCUAGGUCCAGGACCAGGUGGCUUCUGCUUCAGACCCUGAUCAACAACCCCAGCCUAGUCACACUCAGAAAACCAAAAGCAGAUCAUGGCUCCCAGGAGUUUACCCAGAUUCUGCUGACGUGCUCGGAGAGCUGA